AUGAAUAUAGAAAGUCCUACAAUUAAUUUUUUAUCAUCAAUUGGAAUUAUAAUUUCAUUAGUAGUUACAGCUUCGAUGGGAAUAGUAGCAAUUUAUUUUUUGGUAUCUGCAAAUUGUUCAGGAGAAAAUACGAAUACAAGUGUGAAUUCAAGGUGCAUAAAAACCACAAUGUGUAUAUUAAUAGCAGUUUAUUUACUCUCAUUGUUUGCUUCAAUUUUUUUAUUAAAAUAA